AUGUCGUCCACUCCACUUCUCGGCCACAAUGGCCUUCCUGCUCCUGUUAUCAUGCAGGACCACCCCAUCUUUCUUCGAUGCAGCCAUUCCCCAUGGCGAUGGAUUCCUCAGAACGCCUUGGUCGUCCUUCGCGGUUGCGUCCUCGUGUACAUGGCGGCAGCGGCAGUCAUGACAGGUCACUACAAGAUGAACGUAGAGGAAACAGAAGACAGCCCCCUGGCCAACUUGUUUGACUUUUCCAAUAUCUCUUUCGCCUUGGCCAUACUAUACCAUAUUAUCACGUUUUCAUGGACAUUUACUCACCUUUACUACCCCGAACCAAACGAGGUAGAAGGCAGAGUCGAGCGAGCCAUCAUCAAGGCCAUGUCCUUGCCGCAGAAUAUGGCAAGCCAACGGAAGCAAUUCUACUUUAGCAUGUUCCACAUUGCAACGACCGUAUUUUGCUUCAUGAACUCCACCAUCUAUUGGUUCGUUACCAGACAGCAUGACCAAGCCGCUGGUGCCAAUAUGGCAUCAAAAGUGGCUGCCACUGUUUUUGCAGCCUCUGUCAAGAUGCCUUCGUCGGUUGUCAUUCCAGACGCCCCUUUCAGCGACAUUUUCGGUGUAGGAUGGUUCACGGCAUUUAUCACGAUCAAUAUGCAUGCCGUCAAUUCUUGUAUCAUGGCGAUCGAGACUUUCUUCUUCAACAGCAUCAAGAAGCCCCAUGCUAUCGGAUCAUCCAUCAUUUGCACGAUGGCUCUCUCUGGACUUUACCUUGCGUGGGGUGCCAUUGGAAAGUCAAUUUGCGGGAAAUACCCCUUCUUUUGGAUGGACGAAGAGCAGGUUGGGUCCAAAGAAGCCGUCUCAAUUUACUGCAUCGGAUUUUUGUUUCUGGCCCCUACCAUGUUCACCCUGAUGCAGGGACUUAUUGGUAUUCGCGAGAGCCUGACACGACGAUCGGAGUCGCGUGGCGCCAACGAUGGCCUCGACUCUUGA